AGGCUCUCGUAGAGAUGUGGCGCAGCAAUACUGCACAAAUCACCUUUGUGCUGCCUCCUUCAAGUCAUUUUGUGCGCUCCUAGGACAAGUUCUAUUGCUGACAGGUUGGUUAAUACAAUGAGACUUCGUGACGGCCGGACCCCGACUCUUUCCUGCGCAUUCCCCCGGUCCUGCUUCCGUGUUCUUCUCGUGGGAGCGCUUCUUCAACUAGGGACGAGCGGAUUGACUUUGCGGACGACAGUUGACGGAACGAAGCCUGGCAGUACUAGCAGGAAUGCAGCAGGAGCUGCUGCUUCCGCUACUACAACUCCUGCUGCGCAGGAGACCACCACCAGUGACCCGAAAAUUAAAGUCCGCCUGUGCGAUCCGAGUCGCCCGAUUCAGGUCGUGCCGCAGUCUACGCGCUACGAAGUGCGAACGCUGUACUACGAGGCGGACAGAUACAGUGACCGGACGCGUAGAUUGCUCCUGUUCGCAGGUUUAGGUGGCCACCGGUAUCUCGAACUCCAUGACCUAGAGCAAGAGGCAAUUUCUAUCGGCGGCGGGAGUUCGUCGGAGGAGGAGGAAGAGGAAGGGAGCGAUGAUAUUCCAACUGACCAGGAUCAUCACGACCGACUGCGUAAUGAGGAGGAUCACAACAAUUUCUACGAGUCGUUUCCUCGACCCGAAGCCCAAGCAGGGUUCUCUGCUUCGCUCCCCGGUGCGGAGCAUCUUCGGUCAGACCAACGACCACUUUCGCGCCAAGGAGAAAACCGAGAAACAUCAAAUCCCGGGCUUGCUGCUCGUAGAGCUACUAGUAGAGUUGCUGCAGUAAAGACGAAAUGCGUUCUCACGCUGGGUUUUUACUACGACAGUGAGACGGACGCGUGCAGUUUGCAAGCCCCGGACGGCGUCGUCGCGCCGAAGAGUCGGCUAUCCAAUGCAAAUAUGUCUGGGUCCGGAAAGUUGUAAUGCUAAAAUGUGCAUGCUGAAAACACUUUCUUAUGCACGAAAGCAUGACAAGUUGGCAGAAGAGAACGCUUUCUCAUCUGGUAACCAAAUGCGUGCGCGCGCGCGCGCAGAGCGCGCGCCGGCCCACGAAGCCGGCGCGCGCGCUCUGCGCGCUUGCGAUAUUGCUUAGCAAACGCAGCGCGAAGGCAGUUGCCGUUACCAUAUAGGGCAACCGCCGGGAGGCGUGAAGGUCAGGGAAAUGGCCGGAAAUGAAGCGGGAGAAGGGAAAAAAAGCGGACCAGAUGUGAAAAUGUCCAGGAGGUCAAAAAUGUCGCAAAAACGGCAGAAACCAAGCGGGAGAAGGUGAAAAAACAGCAUUUUUGCGGUUUGGCCCACUUGAUAGCUGAAAAAGAGACGGACUAUUUUUUGCUCCGCCCGCUGGCCAGCUGCGUUGGAGAAGCAGGCCCGCGACCUGUUCGGAAGUCUUGGGCCGCUUCGUAACUGAAAAAAGUUUGAAAAAAAUGGCAAAAAAUUGCUUCAUAACGUGGGUGGAAGCAAUCGUCGGAUUUUGUCCAGACCACCCGGGCCACUUGAAAAAUAGAAAAAGACGAAAAAUUGCCCAAAAGCGUAAUCCCUCCGCAGGCUUCAAAACUGCCAGUCAGAUGCGGGCGGUGAAAAUGUCCAGGUCGCCCGGGCCACUUGGAAAAUAGAAAAAGACGGAAAAUUGCGCAAAAGCGUAAUCCCUCCGCAGGCUUCAAAACUGCCAGUCAGCUGCGGUCGGUGAAAAUGUCCAGGUCGCCCGGGCCACUUGGAAAAUAGAAAAAGACGGAAAAUUGCGCAAAAGCGCAAUCCCUCCGCAGGCUUCAAAACUGCCAGUCAGCUGCGGUCGGUGAAAAUGUCCGGAGCCCUUCGGACACCUAAAAACCUGAAAAAAAAGCGAAAAUCGCAAAAAAUCGAAAACCCUCGGCAGGCUUACAAACUGGCCGCCAAGGGCGGUCCGGUGGGCGCGCGCUUGCGCCAUACCAUCGCGAUUGGGAAAAAAAAGUCGGACUAGAAGCGGGCGGAGGCAUGUCCCAAAGUUCCGAUUUGGCCGGGGUUGUGAGCACCAAUUCGGGACCUCCACCGCGUCUGAAGUGGCCGAUUUUGGUUGCCCGGAAGGGUUCGCGGGUUUUCGGCUUUCCGCAUACCUUCCUGGCCAGGGGGCCAGUUUGUCAUGCAGGGGGCUAGAGAGGAUGCCCCGCUGCGAAAUAGCAGACCGGAUUUCGCUCCACCACUUCCCCGCGGCCCUAAAGGGCCGCGGACAACUACUGUCGCCCGCGGCGGCCCGCAGGCUCCUGCGAUAAGCUUUGAAUGCGAAUCCGGAAGCCCCCGAUGACCCAGAUAUCUUCCUGGCCAGGGGGCCAGUUUCUCAUGCAGGGGGCUUGAAGAAGAAGGAGUGGGACUGUAAUCAAAAAUAAAUAGCGCCAAAGCGCGGCCCGCGGGGCCGCGCUUUCGCCGCGCGGCUGGUUAGGCUUUCGCGCUGGUUAGAAUUUCGCGCACGCUUUUGGUUACCAAUAUCGCCCUCCGGGCGCGACCUUCAUACGCACUCCUCAUGAGAAGCUGCGUUUUUGUAUAAAACAAAAGAGACUACCACUACGACUUUUGUCGGUCAUGCAAUACAAACAGACUUCACAGGAAUCCGUUAGGCGGCCAGCAUUACAAGUUCCAACUUUCCAGACCCAGACAGAUUUGCAAUGCAUAUCGGCGAUGCCAGCGCACCUUGCACGCGGCCGAGGCGACCUGCCGCCGGGACAAGUGCAACUUGUCGGGAGAGCGCACGGUUUUUCACGACGGGGCAGUGGACGAGAAGUAUCGGUCCCUCUUGUUGCAGCUGCACGCCCGGGAAAAGGCGAGAGCCGCGGACGCGGAACUACCCUCAGGUGGCUCGACUUGUAGUGGCUCUACUCAUGCGCAUGCGGGUAGUUGUUCAACAUCGUUUACCUCUACUGGUUCAGACUCGACUGCUCCGAGAAGUAAACACCCAACAAGUCCGGCAUUGCAACUCGGUCCCCGUGCCGCAGUGUUUCUUCCGGCUCUCGGGACUGCAAUACCGUCGAACUUUCGGCAGCAUACAGCGACUAGCGUUGAUGGAGUGCUGGCGACAACCGCUUCCGUAUCUACUUCGAGAAGUUCAAGUUCUUCCGAAACAGGAGAAGGCGCGCAUCAAGCGUCUCUCGAUAAAACACGACCUCCAACCUUUUCGUUAUCUGCGGACGCCGCAAGUGAUCAUACAACUACUCAUCCAAUCCAGAACGCCACCUCAUUGUCCUUCCCCCCGAACAUCAACGCGGUGAACCAAAAUUCCCGUUCCUUUCUCGCCGCCGCACUGCAGGCGCAGAAGACCGUGGUGGAGCAAGAGAUGGCGCGGCUGGAGGAACUGUUGCAAAAGGAAGAGCAGCUCAAAAAGCUCGAGCAGGAGCAGGAUCUGUUGCAGCGGUUCAGGACCUGCUUCGCGUCCUGCCAGGCCGAAGUGGAGCGGGACAAACUGACGCUUUGUCGGAAAGCGGACAACGCCAUCACUAUUUCGGAAGUCCGUGAGGUGGAUACAUACCUUUUCGACGAGGAGGGAAGGACUACAAGCGAGGAGAAGGCCAGGGCACGAAGUACUAGUAGUACCUCGACCACCAGUAGUGGAUUGUACAACAGUAAAAAGUACAAUUAUCUUUUCCACAGCAACCACAACGAACCACCACAUCAGCAAAACAACCCGGAGGUAGUGAACUCCGACCCGUUUGCCCAGCGCUUUCUGCUCACCUCCUACCCGGAGCAGCUCCUACGCGGCUGGAAGGUGCCGCACCUGAACUGGAACUUGUUCCGGGGGAAGGCUUUUGUGACGGCGGAACAGGCGGACUUCUUGACCGCGUUUCUUUCCAGCCCGGUGCGCACGGUCGGUGGUAACUACAACAACUCCCCGUAUGGUCAUUUUCCUGGAAGCACAACAACAUCAUCGCCCCCGUCGGCCACGAUAAUUCCGAAGUGCAUGCUCCACGCAAAGCUGCCGCGGUCCGACAUGUCCCAAACGGCGUCGACCUUUUUCCUGGACAUGAUUGCGACUUUCUACUACGGGCCGUACACCCGGUGGAGGCACAAGUGGGAUCAGUGGAGGGAAGAGCAGCGGAGAAAGCAGGAGCAGUCCUCGUGUAAUUUAAUAUCACAGAUAAAUCCGCACCACCACCACUGUUCUGGACGAGCAACAGAGACUUGUUCCGGAGAUGAAGAGGCCCAAGAUGUUGAUCUUCAUACUGGUGGAAUUUCGGCUUUUACACGACGGUUUCGGGUCUUACACAACAUCUCUGUCCGCGCCGGCUCCACCGCCCUGCGAUCCAUUGUGCCGGAAACUACAACCGGCGCGGCCAUUUGUCUGCUUAAAACCGUAUUUGCGAACACAUUAGAGCUGGCACAGCCGCGCGAGAUGUGGAGGAAGGUGCGCCAGUCGCUUGCGCAGACGGGGGGUGGAAGUGGGAGCAAAGAUUGCGCCGACCAUCUUGGUCCAGGGAAGAACGUGCUGCCCGUUUUUGAGGAGAACUGUCACUCGUUCACCAACACCUUUCAUCGGGGGAGGCGAAGAUUGGAAAGAAGAUUCACGGAGCAAUUGAUUCCGGGAAAAGAAGAAAAGACAAAGCGCGUUGUACUUACGUAGAUGGUUGAUUCCUCAGAAGAUAUUCAUAUUUGAUCUUGAUGUAGUUUCUACAAACGUUUCGGUUAUUGACAAUAGCCAGAAAGUGGUGCGUGUGUCUAGGUUGUACUGCAUGCUCAAAUGAACGAAAUCGUAGUGGCUACUACGGUACAUGAAAUGAGUCGAAUUAUAAUUAUGUUGAAAAACGACAACGAGAAUAAAGGAACAUGCAAAACGCACCUGUAAAAGCUCUUCCCGACUCUAUUCUCUACUUCUCGCAGUAGUGCAAUCAAAGAAACCGAUUCAUCUUGCAAGUGGAUAUUAUCGGCGAACUCAAAAU